CAUAUUAACUAUCGGCUCAUCGCUAUCGGCUGAUGUUGACGAUUCAACACGCAUAGCGCACGCGUUGCAGUCAGCCGGCGCAGGACUACUUAUUUCUCCUCUCACUGGGGUGUCAUUCUAACAAGAGUGUUGUUCAACGUUUGGUGUGAUACUCCAAGGCCAGCAUCAGUUUUACUACUCAAAGCUUUUCCUGUUGUGAAGAGAACUGAGGCAGAUUUGACAGCUUGAAGAUGUCGGCGAAGGCUAUAUCUGAGGCAAAGGGCAAAGAACUGCUCAAUAAAUUCCUGGGAGAUGUUGCCAUGAAGAAUCGCUUUGUCUCCAUUGAUGAAACCGUCAACUGGAACCAGGUCCUUCAAGACAAUACCUGGCUUUCUAACGAGAAGCUUGUUGUGAAGCCGGAUCAGCUGAUAAAGCGGCGUGGCAAACUGGGCUUGAUCAAGGCCGGUGCUGACUUCCAGGGUGUCCAAGAAUGGCUCAAGACCAAACUGGGAAAAGAUUUUGAGAUUGGAGCUGCUAAAGGCAGAUUAAAGAACUUCAUCAUCGAACCUUUUGUGGCUCAUAAACAGGAAGAAGAGUUUUAUGUGUGCAUUCAUUCACAUCGCACGGCUGACACUAUACUGUUUCAUCAUGAAGGAGGUGUUGACAUUGGGGAUGUCGAUGCCAAGGCUGUGAAACUUGACGUUGAGGUGGACGGAACUCUGUCGGCUGCCGAUGUACAGAGCAAGCUGCUGGCCAAGGUCCCUGCAUCCGCCAAACAACCUCUCACCGACUUCAUUGUAACACUGUACAAAGUUUACCAAGAUCUGCACUUCACUUACUUAGAGAUCAACCCUUUGGUUGUGAAAGGGGACCAAAUCUUCAUCCUUGAUCUUGCUGCAAAAAUUGACCAGUGUGCGGAAUUUCUGUGCAAAGCAAAAUGGGGCAAUGUAGAAUUCCCCCCGCCAUUUGGAAGAGAUGCUUUACCUGAGGAAGCUUACAUUGCAGACCUUGAUGCCAAGAGUGGAGCCAGUCUGAAGCUCACAAUUCUGAACAAGAAAGGCCGUAUCUGGACUAUGGUUGCAGGAGGUGGAGCCUCUGUCAUAUAUGCUGACACCAUUUGUGACCUUGGCGGUACUUCCGAACUGGCCAACUACGGAGAAUACUCCGGAGCACCCAGCGAGCAGCAGACUUACGAGUAUGCGAAAACUAUCCUCUCUCUCAUGACUGAGGAACGCCAUCAAGAUGGAAAAAUUCUCAUAAUUGGCGGAGGUAUUGCCAAUUUCACCAAUGUAGCAUCAACUUUUAAGGGCAUUGUGCGAGCUCUUGAGGAGUACCAGCUGAAGCUGAAUGAAGGCAACGUGUCCAUUUAUGUGAGGCGAGCGGGGCCAAACUACCAGGAGGGACUGAGGAUCAUGAGAGAGUUGGGCAACAGACUCGGCCUGCCAAUCCAUGUGUUUGGGCCGGAGACACACAUGACUGCUAUUGUGAGCAUGGCCUUGGGAAAACGAGACAUCCCCACAACACCCAAAGCUCUUCCGACCACCGCCAACUUCCUUCUGCCAGCCUCCGCUAAUCAGCAGGGACGCCAGCCGUCUCCCAGCUCCAGCAGAAGAAACUCCCAGGACAAGGGCACCCCGUCGUCAAAGACCGCAGCCACGUCCCCCCCCUCGGGCGUGAACGGAGGCUCGGCCAGCCCAGCGGAGUACAACUUGUUCAGCGCCUCCACCGAGUGCAUCGUGUGGGGCAUGCAGCAGCGGGCGGUCCAGGGCAUGCUGGACUUUGACUACGUCUGCUCCCGCUCCAAGCCCUCGGUCGUUGCCAUGAUCUACCCUUUCACUGGUGACCACAAACAGAAAUUCUACUGGGGCCACAAAGAGAUCCUCAUCCCUGUGUACAAAAACAUGGCUGACUGCAUGCAGAAGCAUCCCACCGCUGACACCUUGGUCAACUUUGCCUCCCUGAGAUCUGCCUACGACAGCACCAUUGAAACUCUCUCAUUCCCACAGAUUCGUUCCAUAUCUAUCAUUGCUGAGGGCAUUCCUGAAAAUCUCACAAGACAUUUGCUGAAGGUUGCAAAAGCAAAAGGAGUCUCAAUGAUUGGACCUGCCACUGUCGGAGGUGUGAAGCCUGGCUGCUUCAAGAUUGGCAACACUGGAGGCAUGCUGGACAACAUUCUGGCUUCCAAACUGUACCGCCCCGGAAGUGUUGCCUAUGUGUCAAGAUCUGGUGGCAUGUCCAAUGAGCUGAACAACAUCAUUGCGCUGAACGCCGACGGAGUGAAUGAGGGCAUUGCCAUUGGAGGGGACAGAUAUCCAGGCUCCACUUUCAUGGAUCAUAUCUGGAGAUAUCAACAGAAUCCUGAUGUGAAGAUGAUUGUACUCCUGGGAGAGGUUGGAGGUGUUGAAGAGUACCAACUUGUCGAAGCUUUGAAAUCUGGAGCUGUGAACAAACCUGUCAUCGCAUGGUGUAUUGGAACUUGCGCCAAGAUGUUCACAUCAGAGGUCCAGUUUGGUCAUGCUGGAGCCUGUGCCAACGCGGACGCCGAGACUGCCAGUGCCAAGAACGAUGCUCUCAGGGCUGCUGGAGCUACCGUGCCACGCAGCUUUGACGAAUUGGGAACAGCAAUACAGGAGGUGUUCACCAAGCUUGUGAAUGCAGGCGCCAUCGUGCCGAAACCAGAGACCGCUCCUCCCACAGUGCCGAUGGACUUCAACUGGGCCAGGGAACUGGGUUUGAUCAGGAAGCCAGCAUCCUUCAUGACCAGUAUUUGUGAUGAGAGAGGCCACGAACUCCUGUAUGCAGGCAUUCCCAUCACAGACAUCUUCAAGGAGGACAUGGGCAUCGGCGGAGUGCUCAGUCUGCUGUGGUUUCAGAGAAGACUGCCACGUUACGCGGCCAAGUUCAUUGAGAUGUGCCUCAUGGUGACUGCUGACCACGGACCGGCCGUCUCUGGGGCCCACAACACCAUCGUGUGUGCCCGCGCCGGCAAGGAUCUCAUUUCCUCUCUCACCUCUGGUCUUCUUACCAUUGGAGACCGGUUUGGUGGUGCUUUGGAUGCUGCUGCGAAGCAGUUUAGCAGUGCCCGGGACAGCGGUAUUAUCCCCAUGGAGUUUGUGAACGAGAUGCGCAAGAAGGGCUCCCUUAUCAUGGGUAUUGGCCACAGAGUGAAAUCUCUGAACAACCCAGACAUGCGAGUGGUGAUCCUCAAGGAGUACGCCCAGAAACAUUUCCCUGCUACCCCGCUGCUGGACUUUGCUCUGGAGGUGGAGAAGAUCACGACAUCCAAGAAACCGAACUUGAUCCUCAACGUGGAUGGAAUGAUCGGUGUUGCGUUUGUCGAUCUCCUCCGCAACUGUGGCUGCUUCACAAGGGAGGAGUCUCAGGAGUUCCUCGACAUCGGUGCUCUGAACGCCCUCUUUGUCCUGGGCCGCAGCAUGGGAUUCAUUGGCCACUUUUUGGAUCAGAAGCGUUUGAAGCAGGGAUUGUACCGCCAUCCAUGGGAUGACAUCUCCUACAUCAUGCCCGAGACAAACAACACUGAGGCGAAUUCGGAUUCCAUUUGAGCAGUGUGAGCAGUUGUAUUGGUCUGAGAGUGAAGUGAAGUACACGUUUGUGUUCCUCUCUGUUUUAGAUGGGAAGUUCUUGAAUGAAGCUUUUGAUAACUAAAAGAGAUUUUUUGCCACUGUGAUUCAUACGAGUGUGUGUGUGAAUGAGAUUGUUGCCAUCCUUACAAUUGGUCGCUUUUAAGCACAAGGGGGCUGUCCCAGAAAAUGCUGUUUUGAGAAAAUCAAAGUGAAAGUUUUUGAACUCUUGUUCAGUUUCUCUAAAAAAAACGAAGGAGAUUUUUCUUUAUAACCAAACAAUACACCUAAAAGCGACCAAUUUGGUGUUCAAUUUGUAGUUUAUUUUUUUCCUAUCGAUGUCAUAGAAGAAUGUUCACAUAGAUUUCGGAUAGAAAGUUCUUGAUCUGAAAAUCAUUUUCACCAUCGUGUGUUGGAAAAAUUUGUAUGAGAGAUUUUAAUUUUGUGUAAUGAGUAUGUGAAGUCUGUUUUCAAUUCCUACUCACUGAUGGGUUGUUUUUUUUCUAUGGGUCUUAUUUACGUCAUGAAACAACCGCCAGCAUGCUGCAAUUUGUAAAGUUGAUUUUUUUCUGCGAAUUAUGUGUUCAGGUUCAUAAAGCGCAGUUCGAGGUUUCAAAGAAUUUUACUUUGAGUUGAGUGGCUGUCGAUUUGGUGCCCUUUCCUGCAACGCUGGAUGUUGUUCAACGCAAAAGUAGGCUGUGAAUACGGAUGUUUCACGUCCGUAUUGUUGAGAUUGUCUUUUCUUACGAUCACAUGCCGAAGAAAGAAGAAUACACUACGAGGCGUUGGAUUGUUGUAUCGGCCUGCCUGCACGUAUUGUGUAACCCCAAUAUGUUUGUGUUUUCUAUUCACUUUAUCAGCUUCUGUGGACUUAUGUUUUUACAUCUAUUCAUUUUGGGUCAUUUUUUGUUACUCAUUGCUUUUGUAACGCUUUUUGAUUUAUUUAUUUCGAAUGUAUGGUCACAUUUUCCUUAGUUGUGAUUGCAAUGGUUUGUCAUUGAUAAUAAUUUAUGUACCGUUUCAUUUGUUGUUAAAACAAACAAAAAAGCCACGUAUAUAUAUCUAUAUAUAUAUGCUGUCAUUUUGUUUAAAAAUUCUGUUCUGUGUGAUAUUUUAAUCUUUUUUAUUUUCUUUUGAGCAUGUGAUUUUUUAAAAAGUGGGACCAUGUAAAUGAAAUUAACUUACCGAAUACGCAAGUAUGUCCAUUGAGUUUUUGAGUAGGGUCAUGUGGAAGUGUGUACUGAUAUUGAAAUCUAAGAAUGGUGUGUAAAGUAAAUUUGCUUUCCUUACAAAGAGUUACAAGUUCGUGUGCCUGAUGUGCUAGGUGAAGGUUAGUGUUUUCUCAACAUUUUGCUCGACCAUUUCCACGCUCUGUGGUCUACUGACUUUAUGGAACAGUGUUGUUGGGUUUUUUUGAGCUGCGGUGUGACUUUUGAGAAUGUUCAGAUUUUUAGUCAGACUUGCUGUGAAAAUGGCUCUGCAACAGAAUUUUUCUUCAUCGUGUAGAAAUGAAAUGUGAGGCAGCGUGGUGGAAUCAGGCUCUCGUCAAUUUUCGGGCAUGUAGAGUUAUUGGUAUCACCUUAAUAAAGCUUGUUCACUUGUCUUUAUUUGGAUGAAAAAAAUAUCCAUUUAUCUUGAAUACAAGUCUAGAUAUUUGCGAAUGAAGGAGGUUGGGGUCACCUGUUUUCAGAGGUAAAUUUAGUGAGAAAAUGGCCACCAGAGAUUAGUUAUUUCCUUAGCUUAAGAGUCCGUGGUAACUGAAAAGUUACAUUUUUUGUGCCUUUAAUCAACAUUUUUCAGAAAAAUCCACACAGAAAUGAAUUCUUUAAUGGGCAUGAAAAGUGUUGAGCCAAAAAACAAAAAAAUUUGAUAAAAGUUCACAAACCUGCAGAAAAAUGCAGGUUUCUUCACUUUGAACAUUUUGAGGAGAGCCUGAUUGCACCAUGUCUUGACACAAAUAAUCAUGUCCAGUUCCAGCUAGCUAGCUAGCAUUGUUAGCAUUUAGAUGGUGCUGUAUCACACAGGACUUGUUUCUGUUCUUUGUUAUCUGGGUCUUAUGAUAAGAGUGUGUCGCAUUCUUGCUAACUUUUUUUUAGUACUACUUAUGGUUAGAGACAACAGUAAAAGAGGGAGUGAAAAAAAUCU